AUGUCAGGACGAGGAAAGGGCGGUAAGGGUUUGGGCAAAGGGGGAGCCAAACGACAUCGUAAGGUCCUCAGAGAUAACAUCCAGGGCAUCACCAAGCCUGCGAUUCGUCGUCUGGCUCGCAGAGGUGGUGUGAAGCGUAUCAGUGGUCUGAUCUACGAGGAGACCAGAGGCGUCCUCAAGAUCUUUCUCGAGAAUGUGAUUCGUGAUGCAGUGACUUACACUGAGCACGCCAGGAGGAAGACUGUGACCGCCAUGGAUGUGGUGUAUGCUUUGAAGAGGCAGGGAAGGACCCUCUAUGGUUUUGGGGGUUAG